AAAUAAUACAAAUCGAAAUCAGUGUGUAAUGGCGUCUGCAAAACGAAAACAAAUCGAUCGAGCCUUUGGAUGACUGCGGUUAGUUUCAAUAAAAUCGCCUUAAAAGUUGCGCUAGCGGCAUCGAAAACACUGUAAAACUAUACAGAACCAAUCAUGGCAUCAGCACAGCGUGCUUUUGCUUCCAAACUCACAAAACACAACUCAUCUGAUAUUCGCAAGAAUGUUGCCAAUUAUCAGCUGCUGUCGAAGAGCGACAGUAGCUCAGUAUGUUCAUCGUCAAUUUCACUGUGCGAACUGGUGGAACCGAUCGAUUAUGAGGAAUUUUUGACUCAACACUCAAAUCUAUUGCUGCGAGACCCUCUUCGUUCGAUUCUCGACUUUCCAGUGAAUGAUGUAAAGAUAUGUGUAGUGCCAAGGAAGAUUCGAACGGUGGAGCACGAAGUUCCGAAGGAGGAUUUAGCGGGGCUGCCACUUCAUGUCCAGCACUGCGUGGACUGUUAUACGAGGCCAUGGAAGGUGGUGGAUUUUUCCCAGCGACACUACUCGAGCUCGUGCAAUGCAAGAGAACGUGUGGACAAGGGAGCGCUGAGUCCAAGUUCGUACCAACAGGAAUUUGAGAUCGAUCGAGAUUUCUUCGGGUGUGCAUCUUUGGAGGAAUCGGUUACUUCCACAACGCUCUAUGCUAGCGAAAGUUGUACCCCCAGUAGUCGUCAGUCGAUUGCGAGUCUGUCAUCGGUUUCCACUUGCACGGAUACUCUGACACCGAGGGGUUCGUGGGCUUCAUUCGAUUUAAGAAGUUCUGUGAAUGAUCCGUUGAUUCCGGGUUUGCUGAAUAGAGUGCCACCGGAGACAAUAGAUCAGGAUAAUGAGUGUAAGCGUUUGGAGGAGAGACAACAGGCGCUGUUUAGCUUGUAUCCGGAGGCAGAUCCGGAAGAUGUAAUCGAGAAGCGACUUCCAGCGGAGAUGCCCAUGGAGCACUUAGGGAAUCGAAUACAUGUGAAGUGUUUGCAGCUGAAACUUGAGUUGGAGGUGGAGCCGAUUUUCGCCUCGAUGGCCAUAUACGACGCCAAGGAGCGGAAGAAGAUUUCCGAGAACUUUUACUUCGACAUGAACUCGGAAUCGCUACGACGAAUGUUGGUUUCUCAUGUGCCCUAUGCGGAUAUUAGUAGCCAGGCUAGGGAAGCCAUUUUCGAAAUCACAAACCCUAGCAACGAGCUGUAUUUGGUGAUUCGUUUGGAAAAGGUUCUUCAGGGGGACAUUAAAGACUCGGUUGAACCUUAUCUGAAGGAUGAUAAAGAUAAGUAUCGGGACAAGGCAAAAUCUAAUGCGGCCGACUUUUGCGAACGACUUGGAAAGUAUCGCAUGCCGUUUGCCUGGACAGGAAUAUAUUUGACCAAUAUUUUCAAUGGUGAUAACUUGGAAAACGAGCGGGAUCGUGAAAGUGUUGGUUCUGCUUCCAGUUCGAAUAGUUUGGAUCGGAAGUCAUCCACCAGCAGCUUCGACCAGUUCCGCAAACGAGCGACCGAUAUGGGAACAUUGACAAGGCGAGGAUCGCUUGAGAGGAAGACGGAAAAGAGAAGAUCCUGGUCACCGGACGACUUUGCCAAUAGUAUUGAAACAUUCCGGCCGAUUUCGAUAACAGUUUCCAGCUUUUUUAAGCAGGAACCAGAUAAAAUGAAAGAUGAAGAGCUGUUUAAGUUCUUACCGGAGCUGAAAAGACCAGGAGCUCUGAUGAAAAAGCACAAGUGCAUUCCUGGUUCGAUAAAAAUCGAGAUUUUACCGAUUUCAGAAGAUUUGAAGUGUGCUUUGACGCCAGAGCUAGCCAAAAUUGAACCUUACCCGAAUGAUCAUACGCGACCAAUUAAAGAAAUUCUCGAGUUCCCCUCAGCUCCGAUUCUGAACCCACACUACAGUUACCGCAAUAUGUUUUUCGUAUCGCCGAAAGAGUUGAACUUCUCAACUCGAGCCGGUUCGGCUCGGAACAUCGCAGUUCGUGUUCAGCUAAUGUCCGGCGAAUGCCAAUCGGAUGCUUUGCCGGCUAUUUUUGGAAAGAGUUCCUGUCCCGAAUAUACUGCUGAAACAUUCUCGGCGGUUAAUUAUCACAACAAGCAGCCCACAUUCUACGAUGAAAUCAAAAUCGCACUUCCAGCAAAUUUGAAACAAAAUCAUCACAUUCUUUUCACCCUGUUCCAUGUUUCGUGCCAAAAGAAACCCCAGGAAAUUCAGCCAACCAUCGAAACUCCGGUUGGCUACACUUGGCUUCCCGUUCUGAAGGAUGGACAUCUCAACGUGGGUGAAUUCAAUUUGCCCGUGAUGGUUGAGGAACCUCCGGACAACUAUUCGUUCAUUCCACCAGACGUUCAACUGCCGGGAACGAAGUGGCUAGAUAAUCAUCGUCCCGUGUUUUCGGUUACAAUCGACGCGGUAACCUCGGUUCACGCGCUUGACGAUUUCCUGGAUAAGUUUAUCUAUCUCUGUGAGUGUCUGGAUUUGAGGAAGGUCCCGCCGCGGAUAGGCGAGGGUAAUAUGGAGCGCGAGUUCAAGAAAACGCUUCAGGAGCUGCAAAGCGCCGACCAGGAAAAGUUGGUCAAAAAUCUACAGGUUAUACUGGAUAAGCUGGUCGAACUGUUGGUAACGACCUAUCGCAUCGGGGGAGAAGCCUUGUCGCUUGGCCAAACCGUUUUCGAGACCAUCUGUCAGAUUUCCGACAAGAUAUUUUUUCUACAACCGGAGGAACGCUACGGACGGCAGAACAUUUUGAGCACAUACAUCCAAUUCCAGUGUAAGAUACCUCAUCCAUUAGAUCCAAAAGGUAAACUCUCUCCGUACGGCCGGCAGGCUGGAAGCAACACAACGGAGGAAAUGUCACGCUCGUCCAGCAACCCUGAUUUGCAUCACAGCACUUCUACCUACUCAGAAAUGACCAGUUCGAUGAGUGGCAAAUUAGUGGACCGAGCUUCCAGCAUGCGCGGUGAAAUGUCUCCCAGUGGAAGUGGUCCAAAGGAUGGUUUGAUUCGAUUGCUGCACGAAGAAAUUGCCCUAAAUUGGGUGGUGGCCAGUGGCUCGGCUGCCGAACUCUCCAUGACAAACUCGUGGAUGCUGUUUGAACUGAUCAUCAAAAGUAUGGUCGAGCAUUUGGAGUUGACCAACUCUUUGAAUUCCCCACGCAAGGGUCGAUUUCCACAUCAAUUCACGGACGACAUUUCCACGCUGGUACACUUGGUCACUACGAAGGUGGUUGGAUACAACAGCAGUGAUCCCAAGCUGGCUCAGUCAAUUAAUUCCAGUCUAGCUUUCUUCAUUUUCGAUUUACUGAGCAUCAUGGAUCGCGGAUUCGUGUUUGGUCUGAUUAAAACAUAUUAUAAAGUAGUUAUGACUAAGAGUUCAUCCACACCGGAUAUGAUACAUUACAAGCUUGACUUUCUCCGCAUUGUAUGUAGCCACGAACACUUCGUUGCACUAAAUUUGCCUUUUGGUACGCCUUACACGGCUCUAUCGGCUCCGUGCAGCCCAACGCCGAGUGUAACUUCGAAUAACAGCCAAAACUCUUACGUUAGCGCUAUGGCAGGAAUUGACAAAGCUCUCUAUGCGGAACUGAGCGUAGAAUUCCGUCAGCAGCACUUCCUCGUGGGGUUAGUACUCCAAGAACUGGCGACAGUACUCGAUAUUCCGAAUCCGCCACUCCAUGGCAAGGCGAUCCGCUGCUUGCGCAACUUAAUGACUUCGCACGAUUUGGACCCUCGCUAUAAUGAAAUUGAAGCUCGAGCUCGGGUAGCCGCUCUCUACAUUCCUUUGCUGGGCAUCGUAAUGGAUACCAUUCCACAGCUGCACACGCCCAUUGCCGAAUCUCACGAUCGUUUGAACACUAUUGGCCUACUCGAAGACUAUCAGGGCCCCUCGAAUUCCAUCGCAGCAACCACGAUCAGUCCCGAAGUGGCGUACGCGAUCUCUGGUAUCCGCAAUUACAACUAUGUCCAGGAAACACCCAAAAACAAAACACCACUCAGUAGCGAAAAUACCCGACAUCUGCUAUCUUGUUUCCUAUGGACCGUUAAAAAUCUCGAACAAAGCACACUCUUCAAAUACACCAUGGGGCUCAGUCCCCACCGGGUGCAUCAGAUGCUUCAAGUUCUCAACAUUUGUAUUCCAAACUUCGAAUAUCGUGGACGAAAGAAACCAACAUCCAAGCGAAACACCUCCAGCUUCCGUAAGACACCUGAUAUGAAAGAAAAACUUGAGGAGUGCAUCCGGGGUACCGGUUCGGCUCGCAAUGACCUAAUCAAUCGCCGUAAGGAUCGCUACUCAACGGAAAAGUUCCGUUGGAAGAAGGACCAGAUUCGUACCCAAUUCUACGACAGCAACAUUAAAAAUGAAGCAGAGCUGGAGAUUACCUACUACAUUGAAGGAUCGCUGGCAACCGAAGUGUGUCUCACAAUUCUGGACACACUAGAACUCAUCGUGCAGGUAGCGUCCACAUCCGAGAUGCAUCACAGUCUGCUUGGUACGGUGCUGAAAGUGCUGCUACAUUCGCUCUCUCGCAACCAGAGUACUCUUGCGUUGCAGAAUCUGUUUGCAUCGCAACGAUCGCUGAUUUUCAAAUAUCACAAUCUACUGUUCGACGAGGAAACCGAUAGCUGUGCCGAUUUGUGUCUGCUGCUGUUGAAGCACUGUGGAUCCCAACUGCCCAGUGUUCGGUCUCAGGCGGCCGCUUCGUUGUAUUUGUUGAUGAGACAGAAUUUUGAGAUCGGAAACAACUUCGCUCGCGUCAAGAUGCAGGUCACCAUGUCACUCAGCUCGCUGGUGGGAACCAGUUCAUCCUUCAGUGAACAGUCACUUCGUCGUGCAUUAAAGACGAUCCUCGUAUACGCGGAAUCGGACAAUGAUUUGCAGGACACCUCGUUCCCAGAACAGGUACAGGAUCUGCUCUUCAACUUACACAUGAUUCUGUCGGACACGGUCAAAAUGAAAGAGUACCAGGAGGAUCCGGAAAUGUUGCUGGAUCUGAUGAAUCGCAUCGCGAAGGGCUACCAGAACUCGCCGGACCUUAGGCUCACGUGGCUUGAGAAUAUGGCUAAGAAACACAUGGAGCGUGCGAACCAUACCGAGGCGGCUAUGUGUUACGUUCACAGCGCCGCACUCGUUGCCGAAUAUUUGAGUAUGCUAGAGUCGCAAACCCAUCUGCCAGUGGGUGCCGUUUCACUCAAACACAUUUCGCCAAAUGCUCUUAUGGAGUCGGCUGUAUCUGAUGAUGUCCUGAGCCCAGGUGAAGAUGGAAUCUGUUUGGGCAAUCGUUUCACUGAAGGUGGAUUGAAGGCUCUCCUCGAGGAGGCGUCCAAUUCGUUCCAGAUUGCUGGGAUGUAUGAAGCGAUGAACGAUGUCUACAAGGUGCUUAUACCGAUUUGUGAGACCAAUCGCGAUUUCCGGAAGUUAGCCCAGAUCCACGGAAAGCUUCAGGAGGCGUUCAAUCGUAUCGCUCAACUUCACGGCAAACGAGUUUUCGGGACGUACUUCCGGGUUGGUUUCUACGGAACAAAGUUUGGUGAUCUGGAUCAGCAGGAAUUCAUUUACAAGGAACCAACCUUAACCAAACUUCCUGAGAUAUUUAGUCGUUUGCAAAACUUCUAUUCCGACCGAUUUGGUCCUGAUGUAGUGCAAAUAAUCAAGGAUUCCAAUACUGUGGAUAUAAAAUCGCUAGAUCCAGAAAAAACUUACAUUCAAAUUACGUAUGUGGAACCAUAUUUCGAAACGUACGAAUUGCGCUAUCGUGAGACGUACUUCGAGAGAAAUUUCAAUAUUAAGCGGUUUAUUUUUGCAACACCAUUUACAAAGUCGGGAAAAGCACACGGUGAACUCCACGAACAGUGCAAACGGAAAACGAUACUGACCACUGCGAACCAUUUCCCGUAUGUCAAGACCCGCAUCCAGGUCGUAAGCCGCGAACAAAUUGUACUCGAGCCCAUUGAAGUUGCUAUUGAGGAUAUCCAGAAGAAGACUGCCGAGCUGGCGGCUGCUACCAAUCAAGAGCCAGCUGAUCCCAAAAUUUUGCAAAUGGUUCUACAGGGGUGUAUCGGAACCACCGUUAACCAAGGCCCCAUGGAAAUGGCUCUUGUGUUUCUUUCGGAUAUCGCAGAUAGCACAACCAUACCGACAAAACACCAGAAUAAGUUGAGAUUGUGCUUCAAAGAUUUCUCGAAAAAAUGUUCUGACGCCUUGAAGAAGAAUCGGAAUCUCAUUCUUUCUGACCAGAAAGAUUAUCAGAAAGAGCUGGAGAGAAAUUACGCUAGAUUUACCGAACGUUUGGCUCCUCUUAUCACUAUUAGUCCCACGCAGGCCCAAGGUGUGGUCGCAGCCAACAACGGGCUACAUAACAGUAAACUAACUCCUCUGCGAUGGUAAGAGGUUCACUGGGAACGUGAACCGUAGAAAUUAUAUACCAAAAAUGUAAUAUCCAAUAUGCUUCACAUUCACCUGUACGUUAUUGUAUUUUUAAAAGUAAUUUCGAAAUAUCACACAUAGUUGAAUGCAAAAUAUGUAUUUAUCGGUUACAAAAUUUACUCGCAAAUUCCUUUCUGAUGAUUCGAUUUGCAUUUGAAUUUUCACGCAACACAUCAUGCCAAAAAAAAAAGAAAACAUUUUAAUGGAUUAUAUUUUUAUUUUAUCAUGUAUUUAUUUAUCACGCACAGUUUCGUUAGUCGUAUAUGUUAUUUUCGCACGAUUACGUAUAGACGCAACAUACUACAAAAAUAUUCAUCCAUGGAACAUGCACGUAUUUCAUACAUUAAUCGUCUUCAUCUGAUUAUAACAAUAAUAAAC